CUUCUCCGGCAGGUGCAGACGAAACAAUCCCCUUUUUCCCUGCAAUCUGCAUUUGUCUUCUCUCUCUACAAUAAUUUUCCGAUCACCGGCCGGCGAUCUCUAUUCUCUACCGAAUACAUCCAUCCAUCAAUUCAAUCUGUCGAUUCAAAGGAAGGAGAGCGUUUCAGGAAGAAUGCCGUCAUUAGAGGACGAAUUGUUUCCAUCGACGCCAGGAAAGUUCAAAAUCGACCGGCCAUCGCAAAGUAUAUGCCGUCAAUUUCACCGAUGUUUCGCCUCAACAGGUACGAUGUUCCUAUGGGCGUUAUUUCUCAUAGCCCUAACCGCAUCAUAUUUAAGUUUCCAAAGCUUUAUCGAUUCCGGUAGUCGGUAUUUCACCGCUUCAUGGGGUGGAAUUCAAUGGGAGAAACAAGUUCGAACUUCCGCCCAAAUCCAUCGAUCUGGUGGCUUAUCCGUACUCGUAACCGGCGCUGCCGGUUUUGUCGGGUCUCACGUUUCAAUCGCGUUAAAGAAACGGGGAGAUGGAGUCGUGGGGAUCGAUAAUUUCAACAACUAUUACGACCCGUCUUUGAAAAGAGCCCGUAAAUCUCUCAUGAAUUCCCGUAAUAUCUUCAUCGUAGAGGGUGAUAUUAACGAUGCGCGCAUGUUAGCAAAGCUAUUCGAGAUCGUCUCCUUUACUCACGUAAUGCAUUUGGCUGCGCAGGCGGGUGUACGUUACGCAAUGGAAAACCCCGGUUCGUAUGUUCAUAGCAACAUCGCCGGUUUAGUAACGCUUCUAGAAGCUUGUAAAACUGCCGAUCCACAACCUAGUAUAGUUUGGGCAUCAUCAAGUUCAGUUUACGGGUUAAACGAUAAAGUACCAUUUUCCGAAUCGGAUCUAACAGAUCGACCCGCUUCUCUAUACGCCGCCACAAAGAAAGCCGGCGAGGAAAUAACACAUACAUAUAACCACAUCUAUGGGUUAUCUAUAACGGGUCUUCGUUUCUUCACGGUUUACGGUCCAUGGGGAAGACCCGACAUGGCUUAUUUCUCAUUCACUAGAAACAUACUUCAAGGGAAACCGAUUACGGUUUACCGGGGUAAGAAUCAGGUGGAUCUAGCUCGGGAUUUCACUUACAUAGAUGAUAUUGUGAAGGGUUGUAUCGGGUCGUUGGAUACAUCAGGGAAGAGUACUGGUUCGGGUGGGAAGAAGAAUGGGCCGGCGCCUUAUCGGAUCUAUAAUCUGGGUAAUACGUCGCCGGUGAGUGUGCCGACGAUGGUGAAUAUAUUAGAGAAGUAUUUGAAAGUGAAGGCGAGGAAGAAUAUGGUGGAUAUGCCUGGAAAUGGAGAUGUUGCGUUUACACAUGCGAAUAUAAGUUUGGCUAGAAGGGAACUUGGGUAUAAACCGACUACGGAUUUGCAAACUGGGUUGAAGAAAUUUGUUCGAUGGUAUCUUUCUUAUUAUGGGUAUAAUCACGGGAAGCCUGUUGUAAAUUGAUUGAUGAUGAUGAUAGUUUACUUUUAUUAUUAUGAUUAUGAUUAUCUGCUGGAGAUUUUUUAAUUCCUUUUUAUGGGACGACCCGACCCGGUGGAUAUGUGAAAGGAAAAUCCAUUGAUGAUUCUUUUCUUGGGAGGAAGAGGAUGAGGAGGAAUCACUACGAAGAAGAAGAUGCUUUUGACCUUUUUCUUUCUCUUUCUCUUUGAUUGAACAGUCUGUUUUUUGUUUUUACUAUGGGUUUGUCACUCUGUAAAAUGAAGGAGUUGCUGACUUUGUUACUUUUUUUUUUUUUAAUUAUAUAUAAAUAAUUUCAUAUUUCUUAUUCUUA